AUGCCGCUGCCUACGGACGGAGCUACAGGCUCCAAGAAGCGAAAGAACGUCAAAGAAGGCGGAGUUCCUUCGUCUAAGCGCCGUGCAGUCGCUGAGACUCAGAGCGAUGGAGAGAUGGCCAAGAUCCAAGAGCUGGAAGACCAGAUCUCUGAAUCGCGAAAGUACUAUAACAACAUUGUGACACUGAUUUCGAUGCUCAAUGCGGAUGGGAAUGAGGGAAGGCCUAAUUUGGCCGUGGCGGUGUCACUCUGUCGAGUCUUUAGCAGAUUGAUGGCCCUGGGGAAUCUGACCGAGACGAGUCGCGCAGCAGAGAACGAGAAGAUCAUCGUUGCUUGGUUGAAGGAACGUUGUCGGGAAUACCAAAAGGCACUGGUAUCGAUACUUCGUGAAGCAGAUCCUUCCUCUCAGGUUACUGCCUUGACUCUAUGCAUGCGCAUUAUCAACGAACGUGCGACACAUCUACCGGGCGAUGAUACCCAGGUCUGGCUUUCUGGCCUCUUCAAGAAUGUAUUCGAGGCUGUCGUCGAAGCAAAGAACGGGCAGGCGUUGAGGUCGGAAUUUUUGGAUCAAUUCGCGAAGUCAUACGAGGAUGUAAGAUACUACACCUUCGUGCAAGUCUCUGACUAUGCAGAGACAAAAAGAAGCUCCGAAGUUCUCGACGUCCUCAUCUCAAUGCUAUCGGAAUGCGACAAUGUCCCUGGUCCUGAACACAAGUUUGAAAACUUCCACGCCAAAACGAGCAAGCAGAACAAGAAGCUCCUCUCAGUGAACUCGCACAAGAAACAGGCACAGAAUGCCUGGCUGGCUAUACUUCAGAACGACCUCUCCCACACUCAACGCAAAACGCUGCUGCGCAACAUGGUCUACACCAUAGAGCCUUGGUUCAACCGCCCUGAACUGCUCAUGGACUUCCUGACCGAUUCAUACAAUGUCGGCGGCGCGACAUCCCUCCUCGCCCUCUCUGGUCUCUUCUACUUGAUCCAGGAGAAGAACCUGGACUAUCCCCAAUUCUACCACAAACUAUAUUCCCUCCUCGAUGCCGAUCUCCUGCACUCGAAACACCGCUCUCGGUUCUUCCGACUGAUGAACACCUUCCUCUCCUCCACCCACCUUCCCGCUGCGCUUAUCGCCAGCUUUAUCAAGCGUCUUUCUCGUCUCGCGCUUAAUGCACCCCCCACCGCUAUCGUGGUAAUCGUCCCCUUCAUCUACAAUCUACUCAAGAAUCACCCGACGUGCACCUUCAUGCUCCACCGCGUCGUCCGCGACGAGCAAACAAAGGCCACGCUCGAAGCCGAGGGCAUGGAUGACCCGUUCGACGUGAACGAGGGAGACCCAACCCGCACAAAAGCGAUUGAAAGCAGUCUAUGGGAGAUCGAGACGCUCCAGUCGCAUUACCACCCCAAUGUCGCUGCGAUUGCCCGGAUUAUCUCGGAACAAUUCACAAAACAGGCUUACAACCUUGAAGAUUUCCUGGACUAUACCUACCAAGGAAUGCUGCAGGCAGAACUCGGUACGGAAGACAAGCCGUUCAAGAGAAUCCCAGUCGUUGAAUAUCAUAUCCCCAAGCGAAUAUUCACCGACAGAUUACUCGAGGACGAUGGAGGCCAGGACAAUGCGCCUGGUAACUUCAUGAGAGGCUUAUGGAAUUUUGCAUGA